AUACCGUUCUAAAUAAUGACAUUCAGUAACCUGAUAUCGAUUGUUCAAUAUAUUGAGCAUAAAUCGAGUCAAGUUGUUUCAAAUACUGUUUUUAGAGAUUAGGCAAUUGGAAUGUGUGAUAUAUUUUUUUACACUCGUGAAUUUCUUACAGCUCUUAGAAUCUGUAAAUGAACGGAGUCAUAUAUUCUUGAAAUAUUAAACACAAUAUUUACAUUUCUAGUUUCGUUUUACAUUUGUUGAUUGUGUGACAAUGGCGGAGAAAGGAUCAGAUUUAUUAUAUGACUUUUGCUGCAAUGUGUGUGAAGAGAAAAAUGUCAACAAGGAAGCCAUGUUUUACUGUCAGAAGUGUUCAAAAGGCCUUUGUGAAGACUGUGAAGGGCUCCACAAAAUGUUUUAUUCGUUGCACAUCGCUUAUGAGAAAGGAGAGAUUGAUAAAUGGCCUGCUACAACAAAAUCAUUUGAUGAUUUGCAAUUUUGUCAACAUCAUUCUGAUCGUCUGAUAGAGAUGUUUUGUGAAGAUCACGGCAAAUUAUGUUGCGCCUUGUGUCUCUUCCAUGAACACAGGCCCUGUGUCAAGCUGGUGCUGAUAACAGAAAAAACACAAGCUGUUUAUGAUGCGGGGGACUUUCAUCAAAUUUCUGCAAGUAUCAACGAUGCCCAGCAAAAGCUUGAAACUGCAAUUGAUGAUACACAGGAAUUUCUGAAGGAACUUCAGGAUUCGUAUGAGAAAGCUUCUGAAGAAAUAAAAGGGCUUCGUCAGAAAAUAAACGACAUACUAGAUGAAUUAGAGAGAAAAACAGUGCAUUCGUUAGAUAACAUGUUGCAAAAAUUGAAACAUUCUUUACAAUCAAAUGAGAAGAAGUGUUUUAAGGCUACGGACGGUUUCAAGAAAAUAAGCGAUGCAAUUAAUAAAGUUAAAAAGGAUCCAAAGGAUCUGUCAUUUAUAGCGUACCAGAAAGCAUUGGAAAUGGUUUCACAAGCUGAGAAUCUGUUAAAGACAUUGAUUGUUCACAGGGGCUCUGUCGUUACGUUCAAUAGCAACCCGAGUAUUUAUGGAACACUAUCAGGUUUCUCAUCUCUUGGAAAUAUUGAAUGCGCUGAAAUUCAGCCGGAAAAGAGCAAACACAGGAUACUCGAGUUUACGACUAAAUCACUUUACAAUAUUCGAAUAGCAUCUGACACAUCUCAAUGGGACAUCAGAGGCAUAUGUGAGCUACCUGGUGGAGACAUUCUAAUCGCUGACCGAAAGAACAAGAGGGUGAAGUUGAUUGAUGCUAUGUACAAAGUUGUCGCUCACCUUGACAUGCCUACUUUGCUUUGGGACAUGUGUAGUAUCAGUCCUACUGAGGUCGCUGUUACAGUUUCAUCCUGGCGUAACACCAAAACUGUCCAGUUUCUCAAGGUCAACAACAGGCAGAUAGUUAAACAAAGAGUACUUAAGUUUCCACAUCACUGUAAUGGUAUUUCUCGUUAUAAAGAGCAUCUGUUUAUUUCAUCAUUCACUGCCUUAUAUAAGUACACAAUGGACGGUCAGCUGGUGAAGAAGAUCUAUCAAGACACUUCAUAUACUUACUCUGUGUACAAGUGCGCAGUAAGUCCCGAUGGAUCACGGCUGUAUGUAACCAACUACUCGCUCAACAAGCUCCUAAUCCUGUCAAUGGAUGGGACUGUCCUGUCAUCUUUGGACGAUCCCGCACUUCGUGGGCCUACAGGUAUACACGUGUCAGAGACAGGACUGAUGCUGAUAUGUGGCACUGAAUCAAACAACGUAGUACAGGUGGAUGAUGAUGGGGGAGUGGUGACGCUGGCUUCCGAGGAGGAUGGUCUGUUUAGACCAGAGUCUGUAUACUACAGUGCGAGUACUGGCAGGCUGAUUGUUGGAAAUCAGAAUAAGAAUAUAUUGGUUGCUGAGAACGCAUGUUGCUGGUAAAGAGUAUAAUUAAUUUUGCUUCUGAGUCAAGGUUAACUCGGCAAACUAAUGGUUUGUUAGUUGUUAAAUUUCUGUUUGUGGGGAAAUGGCAAUGUAUGAUGAUGCGGAUGCCUGUUAACAGCUUUUCUUGAGAGAUCAAAACAUUUAAGGGUGCGAGAAUGUAAAUUAUCAAUGCACCCGUUCUUAUGUACCGCAUAUUUGACUAUGCAAUAUUAAAGAGAUGUUUAAAUAAAGUAAAAUGUCUAUAAACUCUGUACAAUAAAACACAGUAUUUGAAAUAUAAGUAUGAUAUUUGAAAUAAAGAUAAUAAAACUAGUACAUAUGUAGGUUAGGGUUGAAAUCGGAUAAAAAGAAAUGCUUAGAAAACAUUCACUGCGUCGAAUGGUAUAGCUAUUAUGCAGAUAUUUGUAUUCGACACUUAUCUGGGAUCGUAUUCACGAGACUUGAAGAUAAAAUUUCAGGCAUUCCUUAAUUGGAUAAAAUUUCCUCAAUCCUAGCAAUUUUUAUAGCAUAACAUGUUUUAAACAACUAAAUGUUUCUAAUAUAAUUACUUUUAUAUAAAAAAGAAAACUAUUUUGCGAUUUGCUCUUGUGUGUACAUAUUAUUGUAAGAGUUCUCUUGAGAGCUUUGGGAAUACCAGUCCUUGUAUCCUAAGUAUCUCACCUAUAUUGCAUUGUCUUUAUUUUUAAAAACAGACAACAAUGAGAACGAUUAAACGAAUUCAAUUGUUGUUUUGUUAAUGGAAGCAUGAUGAUGGGAACAUGUGGUAAAAAUUUUAUUUUAUCAAAAAAUGGUAUAUAUAUAUAUAUAUAUAUAUAUAUAUAUAUAUAUAU